AUGGUUUUGGAUUACGAGGCGCAGUCCAGGGCGGGUAAGCGUCAUCUUGAGAGUGUGCAGCGGGAUGUCGAGAAGCACAAGGACGAGGCGAGUGCGGCGAAGAAACGGUCUGCUGAUUCGGAGUCUAAGGUAAAAGGACUUCGCGACCAACUCAGCAUGGUGCAGAAGAAGAAUGAAGACCUGAUCGCCUCCAACGACCGUCGCUACCAGAGGCUACAAGAUUGUUACAGUAAGCUGAGGUUGCACGAGAAGCGGGAGGAGAAUGUGCAGCAAGCGGUUCAUGGAGCGAGGGUUGAGAUGGCGACCAAGUUUCGGGAGACUCUUACUCGGAUUCCGAGGCAGCUGGACGUCGUUGAGGAGGCUAGAGGGGAGAGUUUCGACAUGGCUCAGGCCGAAAGCAACUUACAACUUGUCCAGGAGGCUCAGAGUGACGACCCUCCGGACUUUGUGAAUGAGGAGGCAGAACUUGCAGCAGUGGUGGCUGGAUCGGCGGGAGCCCAUAAAAGGCUUACAGACGAGGUAGAGAACCUCAGGAAGAUUCUCAGUGCCCCACCGGUUGAGCUGGAUAACAGUGAGCACGUCGAGGUUGCUGCCGCGUUGCUGGGCGUGCGUAACUUCUCGGGGACCAACGGCGGAACCUCGGGAUUACAUGAUCUUCACUUUAUGAAGGCCGCGUCGGUCCCUAUCACCACGGAGCCGUCGCCUCCUGCACCAGAGGCACUUGCUAUUGUUGCUGCCGAUCCGACUGUGGUGACCGAGGUGGCUGUCCCUCUUUUAGGAGGAGGUGCACUUGAGGAUGGCGAGCCUGCUCGUGUUGACGCCAAGACGGUGGAGAAGGUGCUAGAGGAGGCGAUCGAGCGGGUAUCCGAGGAGGUGGCUGAGCAGUUAUCCGAGAGGGAGGCCGAGGUGCCCGAGCAGGUAGCCGCGGGAGGCGCAACGGAUGAGACUGCAGAGCACGACGGGAUGGAGGUCGAUGAGACCGUUUAG